UCUAAUAAUUUGCCACAUUCUUUUCUAAACAUUUUCACAUGGCUUCCUUCAUUUCCGCUUCAGCUGCCCCAUCAGCCACCUUCCUCUGCACUGUUCCUAAAGCAAAAUUUGCCAUUAGGCAAACAAGUUUCUCCAGCACUUGUGGUCCAUCAGCAAGUGGGCUAAGACUUGUGCCUAAGAUUCAAAUCUCAAAGGCAGCAACAAAAUCAUCUCCAAUUUCUCGUAGUCUCAAAACCAGAAUUUCAUGCUUAGCUGCUCAACCAGAAACUCUAGAAAUUGUCCAGAAUACAAUUGCAAAACAACUGUCCAUUGACGAGGCCACCGUGACACCUCAAACCAAAUUUGCUGACUUAGGUGCAGAUUCUCUUGAUACCGUUGAAAUUAUGAUGGCCCUGGAAGAGAAAUUUGGAGUGUCAAUUGGAGAAAGUGGGGCUGAGAACGUUGCAACUGUUCAAGAUGCAGCUGAUUUGAUUGAGAAAGUGAAGGCAGCUUCAGCGUAGGCUAAAUCAAGAUAUGUUUUUCGCUUUUAGAAGCCAACAAAAGUGCGGGUAGUGUCUUUGCCGUUUGAUGCAGAUUGCGGAUGGUUUUGUUUUUUCUUUCUUCGGCCCAGCGCUGGGAUUUGGCUGAAAUGCAGAUCCCAUGCAGAGAUAAAUGAUGUACUAGUAACUUAGGGAAUUCUUCCAUGUUUCUUUUCCCAGUUCAGGAUUACAAAAUAAACCCAAGCCUCUUUUGGAACCUCUCUCAAUCUUCUUCAACACUACGCAGAGUAUAAGUAUUACGUUCAUUGAAUUUCCCAGUCCAACAAGAACGGCAAAAUCCCACUCUACAGCAGAUUUGCUUCACUAGCAUAAAAGUGUGAGGAUAUAUUAUUGUUUAGAAGCAAGAAAAUAGCAAUAGCAUUUCUGGUUU